UAUAAAGUGUAUAUAAGACAGAAAUAAAUUGUAGACUAAACAAACCAUUUCUGUACACCGUUAAAUAAAGAUACACAUACAUUCAAGGUAUAAUGGAAGGGAAAGCUGUUAUCAUUUUCUUUGGAUUUAUAGCAUGUGCUUUUGCUGUAUAUGGAGUCGAGAAACCUUGUGAAAUUGAAUGCUCGAGUCGUUUAGAUUGUCUAGAUGGGCAAAGUUGUCAACGAGUAGGAUGUAAUCGUUUGUGCAGACCUGGAAGAGUAAUUUUAUCAAAUACAGUAGUCGGAUCAGACAUUAUCUCAGCUGGGUGCGUUCAGAGAUGUUUGAACCGAGGUGGGAUAGGUUGCCGAAGUCUUUGUCAACGUAGCGUAGAUCCAAUUUCAGGAGGUCAACUCAUUCCAGGUGGUUUGUUAGACAGACAUACCUUACCAGUAGGAUCCAUUCGGUCUGAUAGUCUAGUCAGACGUAUCUCGCCAGUAAGUUCUAUUCGGUCAGAUAGUCUUGUUAGACGUAUCUCGCCAGUAGGUUCUAUUCGGUCAGAUGGUUUAGUUGGACGUAUUUCGCACGUUGAUUCAAUUUUACAUAAAGGUUGUCAUAAUUUAUGCAUUUCACGAGGCUGCAACUUCAAUGAAGAAUGUGUAACAAGAGAUGGAUGUUCUGUAUGUGUUCGUGGCAAGACCUACGCAUAAACUAAGACAACUGAUGUCACCAUAAACUGUGCAAUAUUAAACUGAUACCUAUCCAUGUAUUGUGAUAUUUGAACUUUUUGUUUUGAUACAUGAAUAAAAUAUACAUUAUAA